UCUAGCACAAGAAUGGCGCUUAAGGUUCUCAUUCUAUCCGCCUUCGUGGUUGGUGUCUUUGGUAGUUCACUACCAUCCUAUACUCCUGCACCAUCCUAUCAUGCUCAUGCUCCCACGGGACCAGCUCAGUACGACUUUAACUAUGCAGUGAAUCAUGAUUACUCCAAUAACGACUUCGGCCAUCAAGAAAAUCGUAAUGGAUACGACACUCAAGGAGCCUACUUUGUACUGCUUCCCGACGGCCGCGUACAGAGGGUAUCGUACAACGUGAACGGCGACUCUGGAUACGUUGCCCAAGUUUCGUACGAGGGAGAGGCUCAAUACGGCGCCCCAAGACCUUCCACUUCUUACCAGCCUGCUCCUACUUAUGCUUAAACCGGAGUUGACAAUAUGAUAUUUAUUUAUUAUGGUCACAAUAAAGUUCUAAUAAAUGAAGUCAUUUUAUCUGCAUGCCAAAUAUCAGAAAUGUUUCAUAAAUAAAAAUACUGAAGGUGAUACGUACUUCCGUAUUGCACAGGCACUUGCAUGUUACAAAAAAUCAUUUGGAUGUUGUAAAGUUCAAGAAUCAAUAUUAUUUCAAUUCAAGUGGUUGAAUGGAAUAUAAUACUAGUUUGAGACCUGCUUUCAAUAGUGUAUAUCCACUUACAUAAUUAUACUGCUUAGGGAAUUUGAUAACGACUGUCGUCUAGCAUUUAUGAUUUUCUUCUUUUAUA